AUGAUUCCCAGCAUCAAACAGUGGACUUGGUACAUUCUCAAACGUUUCGCCGGCAUCGUAGUCGGCAUCAUCUCCGCACCAAGUUACGAACUCGCCAAAGAUAAAAGUGAAGUCAAUCCCUCGACAAAUGUUCUGCCGAAAACGGUCACACUAUCACUGCGGAGAAAAUCAAAACUCACUGAUGAUGCCAAUUACAAUGCCGGCGAAACGUGUGUGAAUGUACCAAGUCCAUUAUCUGGUGCUGGGAAUCAUGACAACUACUAUUGCAGACGACUUUGGACUAGGUACGUUCUACUAAGUCGCCUUGGCAACAACGAGGUCAACCCACUUCUAUAG